CUUCCCCCGCUCCCACAGCAGUGGAGGCCCAGCAGGGAGGCAGCCUGCCAUGGGCCCCUGCUCAGAGGACCCCCACCUGGGUGGGGCCUCCUGGCUCCUGGGACUCACCAGCCUCCUCCUCCGUGUUGGCAGCGCUGGGACCCAGAGUUCUGGAAACGCUGUUUCCCUGAAGGGGAUGCAAGGAGCUUCUGUGUCGUUUCAUGUGAUCAGAAAUCCAGACUUGCCUCCAGUAGAUGAGCUGGAGAAGAUAUCAUGGGGCAUUGUAUUCAGAUCGAACUACAUAGUCAUGCUGCAGGUCUUUCCUGGGGCAGAUGUUCCAGAAUGGAUCAACUGGCAAGACAAGUUCCAGAAGAGGGUCCAUGUGUUCAACAUAACCACCCUGAGGAUUGACAACCUGACCCUGGAGGACACUGGGCUGUACCGGGCUCGAGACUCCUACACGAGAGGAAGACAAUACGACCAGGAUUUCCACCUGACUGUGUAUGAGCCCCUGCCCCUUCUCCAGAUCAGGACCACGAAUCUGUCCAUCACCCCAGGCUGGUGCAAUGUCACCGUGCAGUGUGACACCCCAGGAACCAGGGAGGACCUGACCAUGUCCUGGGUGAGCAGGGGACUCCCCAGGGAGCUGGAACAACGAGAGGCCGCACGACCAGCCCCCAACCCCUGGACCCUGGCUCUGAGCCUGCCCCUGAGCCAGCCCAACGCCAGCCUCACCUGUGUGCUCAGGAACCAGGUGGAACAGAAAACUGCCACCUUGGAUCUUGGGAACAUAUGUGGCCACACAGAUCCACAGGGACAGAGUGAUGCUGACCAUCUACCCGGCAUCCUGGUGACUGUUGUGGUCCUGCUGCUGAUCCUGGGAGCUGGACUGUUCCUCUGGAGGAGAGGAGUGAAGAAGAGCCUGGAGCCUGGGAGAGGUGCAGGGUCGCAGGAGGAGCAUAGGGACCCAAUGAUGGCAUCCACUCUGCAGAGCUGAGCCAGCAGGGGUCUGGAGACAGCAGGGACCAGUGAGGUCCGCAGGCCAGGCAUGGCCAUGAUGAGGAUUUAAUUGGAAGAAGCAGGAGAAUCCGGCCCUCUGGGGACACUUGUGUCAUGGGCAUGAUGCCUGCAGCUCUGGUCUCACCUCUUCCUCCUCUGACUGCUCUGGUGAGGGACUGGAUGGUCCAAGCAUCAGUUAGUGUCUAUGCUAAGUGGUUCUGCACACGUUCACCAUGAGACACACACAGUGGUAGAGCAAGAGGGAAACUGAGUCAAUGUAUUGGUACCAACAUGUUCCAGGUCGGCUCAGCCUCCGCCCGGACACCCCUGGAUGGACUCUGCUCUCCUCCUCAUCUAUAGGACAGCAAACUACCUUCAGACCCUCGCCCCCUGGACGCACCACUGUGACUCACAGCCUCCCACCCGGACAGUCUGAACAGCAGCCCACGGUCAGGCUGGGCCGAGAGCUAUUCAGAGACGCGAUGCCUCCGCGGCGGUCAGCGCGGGCUGAGUGCUGCUCUGUGGCCCGCACUGCUCUGACCUCGUGCAGGCUGGGACCUCCCGGGCCUCUUGCACACGCCGUGACGUGGGGGUCUUGUGCGCAGGGUCGGGUCAGUAGAAGGAGGCCUUGGAGGCUGACUCUGGAGGCCGCGCAGCUGGGAGCGCUGGGCCGGGACCCAGCCUGGGGAUUGGGGCUCCAGGGCGCGGCCCCCCAGUCCUUGGCUGUCUGUCCCGAGUCCUGGUAAAGCUCCCUUCUGUCCUGUCCUGCUGCAAAUGCCAGAGCCUCCUACUGUUCAGGAAAAAGUGGAAGUUUCUGGGUCCUACCAGUUAGCUUUUAACAGGCUGUGUUGAUUGACACCUGCCUCCCUCCUUCUCUCUCUGCGGAGGAUGCUGAGGUCCUGGGGUCUCAGUGAGGAUUCCCCCCCCCACUGUAGGGGCCUUCUCUGGGUCGUGUCCUGUGUGCAUUACUCUCCCUGGUUGUCUCUCUGACCUGUGCCCCUUCCCUGCAGCCCUCACCCCAUCUCCCUGCCCCCCGGCUCAACACCUGAGCCUGCUCCUAGGCCUCACCUCACAGGGCCCCUAGAUCACCAGGAGGUGACCCUGGUGGUACCCUUUCAUGUUCCACACCCUGUGCCCUUGGGUCCUUACUGGCCACUCUCCUGGACCCCCCACACACCCACCUGCCACCCUCCCAGGCUCCUCAGCUGCCCCUCCAGGGCCCCUCUUCCCUCACUGGUGGUGCUCCUCAGGAUUUGAGACAGCCUCCUUCCCAUCUCCUGUGUCCUUUACUUCUGGGCCCCUUGCUCCCAGGGCUCAGUGUCCCAUCCCAGCAGAGAUGCCUAGGCCUGCCUCCGCAGCCGAUGCCUUCUGCUAAGUCCCAGCCCUUGCACUGCAGCCCCUUGUCCUCAUCCCUGCCCCUGUGUCCUCCCCCAUCCUCUCCUCCCAGGGUCACAGCCCAGCUGCCCUUUCUGUAACACCUGGGAUCUGGUGAGAAAGAGCAGGAGCUCCCCUCCCACAGGAAGGAAUGCAGAAGUAAUUACAAUUACACAGUAAAUGUACCUGUUUUGUUCAUGGGAGAGGUGGGAGCAGUUUACCUGAACCCAAGAAAUAAUGGUAAGGUCACCUCUUGGUAUGGGACGACUUUUCUCUCCUUAUGUGCUCUUCCACCAUUCCCCCAGGUGACACAGCUCCCUGCUAUUCACCUGGAUUAGUAAUUCAAGCAGGACAAACUGAGUCUCAAAUGUCCCUUCCUCUCCGUCUCCCAGCUGAGCCUCAGAUUGCACUGGAAGCAGGUAGAUCCCCUGAAAACAGAGGAAAGCAGAGAGGCUUGUCAUCCCCAAACCUCCUCUUCCACACAGGAGCCCGCAGGCAUGCACACACACACACACACACACACACACACACACCACCACCACCACCACCUUCCAGCCACACAGCUGCAUGUGCCUCAGGACGAGGGCUGUCCCACAGACACCUAGAUCACAGUGUCAGCAGGACUCUGAGUAUCUGAGGACAUUGUCAACAUCUGGAAGGUGGCAGAGCAGGUCGGUGUCUGAAUCUGCAUACAUUUCUGAGCUCAGCUCCCUUCCCUGCAGGAUCCCUAGGGCUCCCCCUUGGUGCUGGUGGGGAGCAGUAAACACCAUUUCUGGUCCGUGGGAGUAGUAACCACAGCGGGUGCUCACUGCCUCAGUAGCCACACCGCACACAGUCUGUGACAGAAGUGCCCCAACUUCAUGUUUGCAUGGUUCCUGUGUUCAGUUUAGACCAGACAGUAAGGGUGUGAGGAUGGAGGUGAGGGCUCGAAGCCACAGCACCUCCCACAGAGCCUCAGGGCCCCCCCCCCCAGCACCGGGGCCCUGCCCCUGUCACCCAUUCUGUUGAGCUCCACUAGAUGCCUCCCCAUCUCUGCAGAACACUCAAGACCCUGGUGCACUCCCCUCGACUGGGAGUACACACUUCUAAAUCUGUGUUCCAUUCCUGACUAGUGUGAGGGUGGGUCCCUUCCCUCCCUGUGAGCCUUCUGUCCUGCUGCCUUGCUGAACUCAUGUUUUAGUCCAGGGAUUUUUCUGUAGAGUCCACGGGACUUUCUGUGCAGACAAACAUAUAAAUAGUGUCUAUGAUAAACACAAGUUUUCUCUUUACCAUUUUAAUCUAUAUUUUAUUUUAUUUCUUUUUCUUGUUAUUGCACUGCUCAGACUUGCAGGUGAAUGCUGAAAAGCAGUGGGGAGAGCAAACAGCCUUGCCUCCUUCCUAAUCUUAAGGGGAAAGCUUUCAGUUUUUCACCACUUAUUAGUGAUAUUAACUUCAGGGAUUUUUGUCAAUAUGCUUUAUUAGAUUUAUCACUUUCACUCUCUCUGCUCUUUUCUUUCUUAUUUCCUUUCUUCCACUUGCUCUGGGUUUAAUUUGCUCUUAUUUUUGUAGAUUCAUAAGGUAAAUGCUUAAAUUAUUAACUUCAAGCAUUUCUUCUUUUGCAACAUCCACCUGUCAUCAUAUAUAUUUCCCUAAAGCACUGGGUUAUCUUGUUUUCACUCAUUUUGAAUACUUGUCUUUUUAUAUCCAUUCACUUCAAAUAUUUAAAAUUUCCCUCGAGACUUCCUCUUUGAGUCAUGAGUUAUUAAGAAGUGAUUUGUUUAAUUUCUGCAUGUUUGCAAAUUUUCCUGUUAUUAAAUUCUACUCAAGAGGCACCUGCAUAGCUUAGUGGGUUCAGUGCCUGCCCUUGACCAAGGUCAUGAUCCUAGGGUCCUGGAAUUAAGCCUUGCGUCAGAAUCCCUGCUCGGCAGGUGUCUGCUUCUCCCUUCCCCUUGCUCAUGCUCUCUUUCUCUAAUGAAUAAAAUAUUUACAAAAAUUUCUACUCUA